AUGGCAGGAGCUGCCAACCUCAGUCUCCAUGCCCCUCCCACCUCCUUCCUCCUCCUGGGUUUCCUAGGGCUGGAGAACGCCCAGACCUGGCUCUCCAUGCCCUUCUGCUUGGUCUACGCCCUGGCUCUCUUGGGCAAUGCCACCCUACUCUGGGUCAUCUGGACGGAAUCCAGCCUGCACCAGCCCAUGCACCUCUUCCUCUCCAUCCUGGCACUCACUGACAUGGCCAUGCCCACCUGUAUCCUGCCCAAGAUGCUGGGCAUCUUCUGGGCCAACGCCCGAGAGGUCACCUUCGCUGCCUGCCUGGUGCAGAUGUUCUUGGUGCAUGCCAUCUCUGCUGUGGAGUCUGGGACGCUCACCGCCAUGGCCUAUGACCGAUACGUGGCCAUCUGCGACCCACUCGGCUACGCAACCCUGCUGACCCCAAAGACGGUGGUCAAAUUCGGAGCGGCCAUCGUUAUCCGGGCCUUUGUCGUCGUCUUACCCAUCCCUUUGCUUUUGCUGCGGCUGAGAUUUUGUCACUCCCGAAAUAUCUCUCAUACUUAUUGUGAGCACAUGGCUCUAGUGAAACUAGCGUGCGGGAACACCACUCCCAACAACCUCUACGGGCUGGUUGCGGCCCUCCUCGUUACCGGUGGAGACCUGACCUUCAUCUUCAUCUCCUACGGGCUGAUCCUACGGACCGUCUUCCACCUGCCUUCCUCGGAGGCUCGGCACAAAGCCCUGGGCACCUGUGGGGCCCACGUGGGAGUCAUCUUCAUUCUGUACACCCCCGGGCUCUUCUCCUUCCUUUCCCACCGCUUUGGCCAUAACAUCCCCCACAGCGUCCACAUCUUCCUGGCCAACUUCUACUUGCUGGUCCCCUCCAUGCUCAACCCCAUGGUUUAUGGCGCCAAGACCAAGGAGAUCCGUGUGCGGGUGCUGAUGGCUCUGGGUCUGCAAAGCAGGAGAUUUUAGGUCCAAGGAGAGUCCAAGCCAACUCAUAGCAGUGCUGUGUGAAAUUAACAAUCUUUGUGUCUUUCGAUCUUUCUGUCCAAUGUGGAUGCAAACGCAUCCUUCGUUUCCCCUAAGACAUUUUGAAGGGAUAGUUGUGGGUAGGAUGGUCAUCUAGUGUUCUAUAUUCACUUAAUAGGUAGUGGCUUAAUUAGGCCAUUGUAGGAGGCUGAACCCGAGGAAGGACGGGUCAAGAGUGUCAUAUGUUUGGAGUCCUUUCGUGCCCACAAGAGAUCCAACCCACCUAGAAUUCCUUUGACUCACAUCUAUCACCUAUUGGCUUCAACUGUUAGUAGUUCAGAUUCUUGUAGAAAGUGCUACCAUGCAUUAAACCUGCAUUCAUUUCUUCUUAUAAAGAAAGUUUAUAUAAAAUGUUUUAUAGAUGGCAUUUACCACCUGCUAGGUUAG